UAUACCCCAGUUCAUUCACGUUUGACGUGGCAGUCGAAUUCCACUUUCCGGUGUGUCAAAUUAAUUUGCAAACACAAAUAUUUUUUAGCUUAUUUCUUUUUUUCGAGUCGUUUACUAUCAAAUUUCAUAUUGUAACAACAACUUAGCACAAUGAAUUUCAAACGCGAGAAGAAAGAAGAAGAGGAAGGUAAGAAACGAACCUCUGUCAGCAUCUAUUCCAAUUUGGAAAAGACGUCUGUUCUCCAGGAAUCUCGUGCUUUUAACGAAUCCGUCAUCAAUCCCAGGAAAUGCACUCAAAUCUUGUCGAAAAUCCUAUACCUGCUCAUCCAAGGGGAACAACUAAAUGCAAACGAGGCAACGGAAGUGUUUUUCGCCAUGACCAAGCUGUUCCAAUGCAGAGAUCCAGUCUUAAGACGUAUGGUGUACUUAGGAAUCAAGGAGUUGAGUCACAUUGCGGAGGAUGUCAUCAUUGUGACCUCGUCUCUAACAAAGGACAUGACAGGCAAGGAAGAUUUGUACAGAGGUGCAGCGAUCCGAGCAUUGUGCACUAUUACGGAUGCAUCCAUGCUCCAAGCGUUGGAACGUUACUUGAAGCAAGCAAUUGUUGAUAAGUUGCCCACAGUGUCAAGUGCCGCAUUGGUUCGUUCUUACCAUUUGACUUUCACGAGUGGAGAACUUGUAAAAAGAUGGGUUUCUGAGGUGCAGGAAGCGAUAAAUAGUGAAAGUGUAAUGGUUCAAUAUCAUGCUCUUGGAGUUUUAUACCAAAUUCGAAAGAUGGAUCGUCUUGCUGUAACCAAACUGGUGUCAAAAUUAACUAAAUCUCACUUGAAAUCCCCGUUUGCUUCAUCACUAUUGAUUCGAAUCACGGCAAAGUUGGUUGAUGAAGAGGAACUCCCAACCGAUAGUCCAUUCUUUGACUAUUUAGAAGCUAUGUUGAGACACAAAUCGGAGCUUGUAAUAUUUGAAGCUGCUCAUGCUAUUAUCAACUUGAGAAAGAUUGUACCCCGAGAUCUAAAUCCUGCAAUAAGUGUUCUUCAGUUGUUCUGCUCCAGCCCGAAACCUGCAUUGCGGUUUGCAGCGGUUCGUACACUCAACAAGAUUGCAAUCGCCCAUCCAACCAGUGUCACCAAUUGCAACGUGGACUUGGAAAAUCUUAUCACGGAUUCUAACCGUUCCAUUGCUACAUUAGCCAUCACUACUCUUCUGAAAACAGGGGCUGAGAGUUCAAUCGAUAGACUAAUGAAACAAAUUGCAUCGUUUGUAUCAGAAAUAUCGGACGAGUUCAAAGUCGUUGUGGUGAAGGCUAUCAAGAGCUUGUGCCUAAAGUUUCCGAGAAAACAUGGAAGUCUCAUGGGAUUCUUGAGCGCUCUCUUGAGAGAUGAGGGUGGAUUGGAAUACAAGGCUGCUAUUGCAGAUACAAUCAUCACCAUAAUCGAAGAAAAUCCAGAAGCAAAAGAGACUGGAUUGUCCCACUUGUGCGAAUUCAUUGAAGAUUGUGAGCACACCUCGCUGGCCGUACGGAUUUUGCAUCUUCUCGGAAAGGAGGGCCCGAAAGCAAAAAAUCCUUCAAAGUAUAUUCGCUAUAUUUACAAUCGCGUUAUUCUGGAACAGCCGGCGGUGCGUGCCGCAGCUGUAUCAGCCUUGGCCCAAUUUGCCGCAUACUGCCCGAAUUUGCUAUCAAAUGUUGUGGUACUUUUGAGGAGAUGCCAAGUCGAUGGAGAUGAUGAAGUCCGGGAUCGAGCAACUCUGUAUCUUCAACUUUUGGAAACGGACAAAAAUUACAUUUUGAAUUCACUGGCUACCAGCGUCGUUGUUUUAGAGUCUGCCCUUCAGGAAUAUCUUAAAAAGUCUGACUUCCGUCAGCCCUUUGAUAUCAAAUCAGUUCCAGAGCAAUCAAUUGUUGCUGCCGCUGAGAAACCAAAGUCACUUCCGGCAGUAACCGCAGCUGCUCAAAAGACACUCGCAAACACAAGAGUGGAUCAAGCUGAGGAGUUAAAGAAGGUGCCGGAACUAAAUCGACUAGAUUUGGGACCUUUGUUCAAGUCUAGUGUCAAGCAGAUGCUGACAGAGUCGGAAACCGAGUAUUUGGUCGAAGUUGUCAAGCAUGUUUACAAGUCGUACUUGGUUCUUCAAUUCAGAAUUGAAAACACUUUAGCUGAUCAACUACUCGAGAACGUUAAAGUGGAUCUAGAUCUACCUGAAGGCUUCCAACAGGUCGUAUCAAUUGGAAUAAACCAACUUCGAUAUGGAUCUGGCUAUGCGUACGUGGUUCUCUCAUGGCCAGAAGAUAUUGAGGGCACUUUUGGCAUAGGAAUAGGAUCCACCCUUAAGUUCCUUGUAAAAGAUUGCGACCCUGACACUGGCAUCCCUGAUUCUGAAGAGGGCUAUGAUGAUGACUAUGUGUUGGAGGACAUUGACAUCAACCUUUCUGACCAAAUAUUGCCUGUUUCUCGAGCCAACUUUGGUGCUGCUUGGGAAGAGCUUGAAAUAGAACAAGAGGAAACUUAUGCACUUUCCAAUGCUACCACUAUUCCUGAAGCGGUCAAAAAUAUUGUAAACUAUUUGGGAAUGCAACCUUGUGACCGUUCCGAUAGAAUUCCAGAUGGGAAAAGUUCCCAUUCCUUGCUUUUAGCUGGCUUGUUUCGUGGCGGAGUGGAAGUUCUUGCCAAAGCAAAAUUUGUUCUAUCGGACGGAGUCAACUUGCAACUCACGGUCCGAGCUGCCGACGAGAAUAUUGCCAGCAUUGUAACAAGUUCUGUUGGAUAAAUUUAAAAAAUAGAAAUUUCUGUAAUACGUUUAACUUUGUCAUCCAUAAUUAUUUAUAUUUAGCUAUGAAUCAAUAGAUUAAUAAAUUUCUAAUUAUGAAACUAA